CAUUGAGAUAAGAAUCGACGAUAAAGGUCGAGGAAUAAAAAGGGGGGGAGGGGGGGAGAGGAAAAAAAGGAAGAGAAAUUUUUAAUUUUCUUUUCUUUUUUUCUUUUUUUUCUCCCCUUUGAAACGCGUCAACGUGACGGAACUGAAUAAAUAAACGAUACUCGAAGAGGAGUAGAGCGGUAUCGAAACCGAAACAUCACAUUUUGUUUGAUGACUCCCCGUAGGUUCUUGCCAUUUAAUUCGUCCUCACGAGUAACGUCCUCCUUCGUUCGUCUAGAAAAAAAAAAAAAAAAAAAAAAGAGAAAGAAAAAGAAAAAGGAUAAAAAUUGGAAAAUAUACGUCGACGAAGGAAGAUGAGAUCGGCGGGGACGACGACAAGCAGUCAAUUAUAUCACGGAAAAAAAAUCGUUAUACGUGUAAUUACCGACAAUACCGUGCCACGAGAGGAUCCACGAUAAAAAGAAAAAAAGGAAAAGAAAAAAAAAAAUGUCGUUUAUCGUCGUUCCUCGACGUCGCGAAAAUUUUUCCUUUCCUAGUUUCCCUUCGUCUACUUCUUUUCCUUACCUUGUUCUUGAUGCAAGAUCGAGAAGAUCAAUCCGGAUCUCGUUGCAAGGAUCUCCCUCUUCUUUUAUCCAAUCCAAUCCAUUCAAUGGAUGGACGGAACGAAGGUCGAGGGAUUUUUUUUUUUUUUUUUUUCGUCAUAGACACCGUGCUGCUAGUCAAAAUUCGAUGUGCAUACUCGAACGAACGGGGAAUUCUGAGACAUAAGAUAUAAAUCUCGAUCGCAGGGAUACGAGAACAAUCCGAGAUGAUCCGAUGAUUUUUCUUCUCGAUCGUAUCUCCUCUACUUUCUUCCUCGAUGCCGUUCCCCGUGGCCGAUUUCUUCCGGCCUCGUGGCGCGAUCAUUCUCCCGUCUCUUUGUAUUGUGUAUGUUUCAAUUUCUUUUCGUACAUGUGGAAAACCGACUAACAGAGUAACAUUAAUUUAACACCAGUCAUUAUUAUAAUAUAAUUAUUAAUUAUUAUUACUUAUUUACGCUCUAUCAUUACGUACAUUCACGCAAUAAUUGUAUUGCCGCAAUAUACCGGGAAAACCGGUAAUGCUCUUAUAGUUGUAAACGAUAAUAAAUCAUAUUCGCAGCGUAAUCCCGAAUAAUCCAAUCCUCGUUUGAUUUUGAUUCAGGAGAACGUUAAUAUUUAAAACAAAGAAGAGGAAUAAACUUUUCCCACUUCCCCCCCCCCCUUAUUUCUUCCUACAGAAUAUGCUCGUUAUUAUAUCUAAAUCGCGGAAUAGUAAGUCUUACUUGAACGAAUGCAAAAGUAGAAUGAUCAAAAGUGAACGGAUGAAAAUUAACGUAAACUGACAGUAAAAACUUUACUUUCCUCGUUAACUUGUAAAUAUCGUGGAUGUAAAAUUACUUAAAAUGAAAGGAAAAUCAGUCAAAAGAAGAAAGAAAGAAAAAAAUAGCACGAUUUCAUUCCGUAACCUCGUAUUUUCCGUUCGAAGAGAAUCGAACAAGGAUUAGACAAGGUAGGUAAGAAAAUUACCGUUAACGAAUUAGAAUGGAAUGGAGCUGUGUGUCGCAAAUAAAAAUGUUAGACUAUAUUUCCUCUCGACCGGAUUCCUCUCGAUCCCAAUUGAAUCGAUGUUUCGACGCAAAGCAAUAAAUGAUUAAUUCUCCGAACAAUUCAAAAAAAAAAAAAAAAUAAAUAAAUAGAAAUGUCAUGAUCGACAAGAAUAGGAAAAGAAUUAAAGCUAUAAAUCAUCGAUCCAUCCACAAAGGAUCACAGAGUAGAAUUUAUUUAUUCCACUAACCUUCUAUCCAUUUACGAGGCCAUAAAUGUUCCCACGAGGUAUUGAAUGCCACACAGAAAUCCCGUAAGUCAAGCCCGUGGGGCAGGUCCAGUGAAAUUGUCGUUUUUCGCGUACGGAGCAACGGAGUCGGGAAGACUGGUUUGCACCAUGGGAUUAGUCAACGAGAAGACGUCGCGACGAGCGUAUAUCCCGGGCCUGAUUCAGGCCGACCAUGGCUGUCGACUUGAAGUCGAUUUUCCGUCUCGCGUUCGGUUUAUCGGUGAUCAUCGCCUCGAAUCGAGCCAUGGCUCGACCACAGCGCGCCGAUUUCGAAUUUUUGCCCGUGGGGGAGUAUAAUUGCUCGUCCUUGAGCAAGAACGAUUGGUCCUUUGAUAAGAAGAAUCGUGAAGCAAGAUUUACGGUAAAGGAUAUCGUAUACAACGAGACCAAGGAUCAUUUAAUAAUCGAUAAUGAAAUCAGAGGAUUUUCUUUCUCGAACAUCGUCGAUUCUGUGUUCACUGUGAUGGCUAACGGACUCGAUUCCAUCGUGACUAGUAUCAUCGGCACGGAGAAAAGUGGCAAACCUAAACCCAACAGAGUGAAUUACAAAAAUUAUCAAUUGAUCAGAUUGUUCCCCAGUACCCAAGGACACGUGAACGAGUUAAAAGAGCUAAAAGAGGCCGAGACCGAGGAUAUUAAAUUCUGGAGCGAACCGAUGUACAACAAAACAACCGACAUAGUCGUCGCUCCAGAUCUUGUCCCCGAAUUGAAAAUAUUCUUUAGAGACAAAGGAAUCGAUUUCAAAGUUUUGAUAACGAAUAUUCAGAAAACGAUAGCGAAUCAAAAUCCAAAAAUGUCGAAGGAACAACGGGAUGAUCUCGUCUCGAGCCAGGGACACAGUAUGACUUGGAAACGAUAUCAUCGAUAUGGAGAGAUCGUCAGAUACAUGGAAUAUCUAAAUCUAAAGUAUCCUAAACUGGUCGAAGUGAUAACGAUAGGCCACAGUUACGAGGGUCAACCCAUUAAAAUGGUCAAAAUUUCGAACGGGCGAAACAAGAAGAAUGGAUCCAAAUCGGCUGUCUGGAUAGACGCUGGUAUGCACGCGCGUGAAUGGAUCGGUUCCGCUGUGGCGACCUACAUCAUCAGCCAGUUAGUCGAGAAGAACUCGAGCUACGCUAAAUUGCUGGAGAAUUCAGACUGGAUGAUCUUACCUGUCGCGAAUCCGGACGGCUACGAGUACAGUCACACGAGUGACAGAUUGUGGAGGAAGACGAGGAGCAAUCACGAGGAGAAUCAAGACGACAGUCGAUACACCGAUUACAGCUUCUUUCAACUAUUGAACCAUUAUACGAAGUGGUUAUGGGGUAAGUGCGAGGGCGUCGACCCGAACAGGAAUUUUGGAUACCAUUGGGGCGAGGUGAAGGAGGGUGGGACCAGCCUGGACCCUUGCCACGAAACUUACGCCGGUCCACGAGCCUUCUCUGAGCCGGAAACCAAGGCGAUGGCCGAUUAUAUCUUGGCCAAUAAAAAGGAUAUCAGGAUUUAUCUGACGUUGCACUCUUAUUCGCAAAUGUGGCUCGUACCGUGGGGAUACACGUAUUCGAAACCGUCCGAUUAUACGGAAUUGAUGAACGUAGCUAAAAAAGCAAUAGGGGCGAUCUCGAAGGUGCACGGGACCGAUUAUCAACUCGGCCCAUCAGCCGAUUUGUUAUACCCAACCUCAGGUGCUUCUGACGAUUGGGCCAAGGGUGUAGCCGGUAUAAAAUAUGCUUACACGUUGGAACUUCGAGAUCGAGGAACGUACGGAUUUUUGCUUCCAGCAUCGCAAAUCGUGCCCACUGCUCGUGAAAUUUGGGCAGGGAUAAGAACGAUCGCUCGUUUGGUAACGUGAGAUCCGAGAAUGGCACUGAUCUCUCAUUUUCUGA